AUGGAUUUGCAGGAGCCGGGAUCCCUCAUCCAGCGGCCCCGACGAGGGUCUGGAAAGGGCUCAUUGGGAACAGGCGGGUCCCUGAGACCCCUCACGGCCAGGACGGGCGUGCUAAAUCUGGCCCCCGCGCUCCGAACGCGGAAGUCCCCGCGGAGGAGGCGUGGGCGGGAAAGGGGACGGGCUGAGGCGGGAGCCGCUGCUGCUGCUCAGCUUCGCUCGGCACGGAUCGCUUUAGCUCAGCACGGCCGGUCCGGCACGAUGGAGCCGCGAGGGUAUGGAUUUCUGUUACUGCUCCUUCUUAUCCUGAAAGCUGUUGCUGUACUAGAGAAGAAGAACAUCAUCAGUAAACUUGGAGACAACGUCACACUAAGUUGCAUUUAUAACGAAAAGAAACCCUUGCAAUUAAAAAAUCUACGGGUCUAUUGGCAAAUAGCUGAUGAUUCCUAUCAAGAAAAGUGUUCAGUUGUACAUGCACUGAUCUCUGGCCAAGAUGAUAACAGUAAUCAGUGUAUUCACUUUAAAGACAGGACUCAGUUAUUCUGGGAUAGGUUGGAAAAUGGUGAUUUUUCUCUGCUAUUGCUAAAUGUCAGCCAGAGUGAUGAACAUACAUACAAAUGCAUAGUGCUGGAGAAAACUGAACAUCCCAAAGUGAUUCACCAGGCAGAAGUGGUUCUCAGCUUAGCAGCGAGUUACAGCCAACCAAUACUCAGUGGACCAAUAAUAAACAGUGACAGCCCUGGAGAGGAGGUGACCUUUCACUGCAGGUCUGGCAAUGGAUACCCAAGGCCCAACGUUUACUGGAUCAAUAAAGCGAACAACAGUCGCCUGCAUCCCUCACAAACAGACAUCAUACCCCACGACGACGGCACCUUCAGUGUUGUCAGCACACUGAAGGUGACAGCCACUUCUAACAUGCAAAUAGAGUGCUCCAUAGAAAAUGAGAUGCUGCAGGAAAAUCUGUCAGCCAACUACACGCAGCAGAAGAAAAUCAGUGGUCCUGGCACAGAAAGUGACAAAAAAACAGAGAAAAAAGGACGAGGUGCUCAAGCAGCUGGCAUCAUUGGCAUUGUCUUUGUGAUAGCUCUUCUAACUGGUUUAAUCUGCUGGCUGUGGAGAAGGAGGUCCUCUAAUCUAGUGUCCUAUAAAGAUGUCCAACAAAGAGAAGACCAAGGAGGACACAGCUCACCUGUCUAAAUGGAAGGUGUGCCAACAAUUUGGGCAGCUGGAGAUGUGUCAAGAGAAGCAUCACUCCCUCUGUGGCAGCAUUGUUUGUAAUACAAGUGACAGACUUCUGCCAAGAGAGAUGGCAAAGGAAAAAAAUGAAAAGCUUCUAGAACACAAUAGAGAGGAAAAUCUGCAGAAUUUUCCUUCCAGUCACUGACUGUGUCCACAGAACAGUUGUGUCACCACUCCAGCUCAGCACUUUGGACAGUCCCCUGUGAUUGUCAGUGACUUGGGCACUUGCACUGGAGAAAGCAGAAAUCCUGGGACUCAGCUGCUCUGUGCCAACCACUGGAAGCUGGAGACUGUCCAGUCUCUCAUCAGGAUCUUUGAGGACUCUCAGGAGUAGAAGCAGCACCUUCAGGAGCAUGGAAUGUGCUUGCUGUCACCUUACCCUGACGAUGGCUACAUGUGAAGAAAGGCAGCUAAAACAAGGAAAGAAAACUGAAGGGCUCUGCAGAGUGAAAUUAGUGACUUCUUCCAUGUUUCUCUCUCUCUAGAGUACAAUCCUUUCAUUGUCUCUUUUCACCAGCUGCUGCUGUGUACAGAACCCGGCAGAGCACCCAGUCCUCCAAAAACAGGAGUUGCUCUAAUGGGGUCAAAUUCUGAAUUUGUUAUCAUAAGGGAAGGUGCCUUCUUUAAGCCUUGAUAGCAAUAUUUUGGUUUUUACCAAAUAUUCCACCAAAAAGGGGACUUCCACUUUGAACAGGAGCCAGCUGUGAGAAAAAACAAGCUGUAGAAAUCUGAAUUAAAAAUAGUGCUCUCUGCUAUGUGAAUGUCAUGUUACCUGGACUUACCCUUCUCAGGAUGGAACAAAACCUGUGGUUGAGCUCUGCCUGAUUCAACUGAAUCUUUAUUUAAGCACCUUCCUGUGGCUUCCAGGGAGGAUUUUAAACUGAAGGUUUUAAACUAAACUUGUGCUUUUGUCUCAUCCUUGCGCACACCCAACAAAACCAAAAGAACAAAAACCAAAUUCUAUCAGUGUGUUGUCCAUGAAUGUCCAGAAAGCCAAGAGCUGCAUUUUCCUUGUGCCAGUGCAUGUGCUUUGCUGUUUCAGCCCCAAGUCAGCCAAACUGGCUGCCUGAAAAUAGCAAAAGAGUAAACUUUGCUGAUGAUAUGAAAUUUUGGAGGAGGAGGAAUUUUUACUAGCUCUCUUUCCCAGAUGGGACAGUUUCCCCAUCUUGUCAUGAGGGGACAGAGAUUGUUAUUUUAAACUGAGCUCUGGAAACACUUGACCUCUCCUGCACCAGUUGCUAGACUAAAUUUUUAUGAUUUUUGUGAAUAAGUCUUGUUUGUUUUUGCUUUGUGUGUAAGAGGCACUCCAGUAUCAACUCUGAGCUCAGACACUGAUUUUUCAUGUCAAGAUCAGCUUUCAAGUCCCAGCUGAGUGAAAAUUCUGUUUUACUCACAUCACGGGAGGCUCCCAGCUGAGAAGCUGUGCUUCUCUCAUGUCCAUAAAUCCAGAUAUCAGGUAUUUUCUGAGUCCAAAUCUCAUCUUCAGUGUGCCCUAAAGGGAACUUGCUUGAGGAAAGCUUGCAGACACCUCAAAAAUGUGAACAACAUCUGUGCAGAUGUGCAGGGCAACCAUUUCCUAGUGGUUCAGUAGAAAGUCCUGCAGACAUUUCUUUCUUAUCUGUCACAUGAAGAUGUUUUGUGCAGCCUGUGGUGCUGCUGUACCUGACAGAAGCCUUUCCUACAAGUAGUUUCCACUUUUAUAUUCUACAGCUGUCAUGGUUCAAAGAUAUAAGAAGCGACCUAGCAGUCACUCUGCAAUAUGGCAUUAAAACAAAUUUAGACUGGUUGGAUUUUCUUAUUUCUGGGCUACUUCAUGGAUACACCUAAAUACAAAAGCCUUUUCUUGCAAAAUCUGUGCUUUAAUUUAGCUUAGAGUUCCAGCUUUUCUUAGAGGUCAGUAAAUCCUAGAUGACAGUUGGUUGCUACCAUUCAAAAGGACUUGGGAAUUUAGUAAUAGCAGUUUUUGUCUUCACUUACCAUAUUUAUCUUUUAAAUAAAGUCUAUUCAUUCUUCUGGA